AUGCACCGGAUGCUGAUGGAGUCGGCUCUGGGCGAAGGCGACGGCAUCCAGCCCGAACUGCGACUUGAUUAUAAAUUGACAGACGUAGACUUUGAGACAGGACGUAUUACUUUCGCGAACGGCACCGAGGGACAUCAUGAUGCUGUUGUUGCCGCAGAUGGCGUGGCGGUAUGUACCGUACCAUGUGCACCUGUCUCGAGAUGGAUUGAGGCUGACAGCCACUGCUCUCCAGUCCACAGCCCGGGCAAGGAUGGGCAUUGUGGAAGACAAGAAACCUUGCACUUCAACAUGUCUGCAUGCAAAUGUGGACAGGAAGCAAGCCCAAGCUCUUGGAUUCACCAAGAGUAUCCCUUCUGGGCCAAUGGUCUGUGUUCGUUGAUGGGAGACGCGGCCCAUCCCAUGAUGCCCGAUCAGAGCCAGGGUGCUUGCCAGGCCAUCGAGGACGCCGCGGCGCUCGGUCUCGCCUUUUCCAAGGCACACUUCCGCGGAGACGUGCAGAUGGCUGUCCAGAUCUUUGAAAAAGUUCGCAAGCCUCGAGCUACCAAGGUGCAGUCUGCAAGCGCCCGAGCUCGACUCAACAUCACGGAGCGCAUUGGCUUCUCAAGCAACACGAGCAACAGCAAGUAUAGCGUCCCCGCUGAAAAGGACAAACUCACCAUUGACGAGAUGAACACUUACGACAUAAAAGCCCAUGUCGCAGAAGUCUACAAAGCCAACGGUCUCUGA